CCUCGUGGGCCGCACCUCCGGAGAAUCUCUCAGUCGAGUGGAACCGCCGCCUCCGCCCUUGAUCGUUAUCCUCCUUGAUGGGGUGAGGUGGGACUACGUGAGCAUCCACAGGGGCGACGGCCUCCCCGGCUUCGAGAGGUUCUUCAGCCAGGGAGCCGCCGCGCAAUACGUCAACCCGGUCUUCCCCACCAACUCGUUCCCCAACUGGCACACGAUCGUCACUGGCCUUUACCCGGAGAGCCACGGGAUCUUAGGGAACUACUUCUACGACGUGAAGGCGCCGAAGGUCUUUUCCAUAGACGAUCUCGAGGGCGUGAAGGACCCUGCCUGGUGGAGCGACGCCGAGCCCUUCUGGAUCACGGCGACGAAAAGCAGCCUGCAGACCGCCCUCUUCCUCUGGUCAAGGUGCGACGUCCCUUGGGAUGGAGACGUCCUGCCACGGCACUGCGAACCCUUCAGGUUUGCUGCCCCCAACACAGACAACAUGGCUCGGAACUUCCGCCAGGCAGUGGACAUGAUCCAGAAGCAGGGCUAUUCUCUCGCCAUGGUUUACGACGGGAUCCUAGACACCCAGGGCCACUCCUUCGGCCCCGUGUCGUCGGAGGUGGCGGCGGCGGUCAGGGAAACGGACGCGGCUCUGCAGCAGCUCUGGGGGGACCUUUCCGAGCGGGACUUGAUUGACAAAGUUAACGUGGUGUUAGUCAGCGACCACGGCAUGGCUUGGACGGGGCAGCGGAUGGUGCAGGAGCUGGAUGUAGUUACCUGCCUGGAUGAGUUUCAGGUGGAGAAAGUGGUUGAGUAUGGUGGCUACAUCAACAUCCAACCACGGGCUGGCUAUGCUAUGGCGGUAAUGGAGAGUUUGCGCAGGUGUCCGACCGUGGGUGAAAACGUGGACGUGUUUCUAAAGAAAGAUGUUCCCGAAGCUUUCCACUACAAGGCACAUCGCCUCAUACUGGAAAUUGUCGUUAUUGCGAAGGAGGGGUACAUGAUCCGCCCGCCCCAGACCCCCUACUCCGUGCCCGAGAGCGCGGGUUCCUACGAGGGGAACCACGGCUUCGACAACACCAAUGGCCGCAACCCCGACAUGCGCGCUGUCCUCUAUGCUGUCGGGCCAUACUUUGCUCAGGGAGUCCGAGCCGGCGUGGUGGAGCAGGUCGACGUGUACAACCUGCUGUGCCGAAGCCUCCACCUCCAGUGCCACGCCAACAACGGCACCUUGGCCCACGUGGAGCCGUUCUUCCGACCUGGAGUCCCCCUGCAGAGCGACGCUUCCUUCAGGCACGGGGUACCUCUGGGCGCUCUGAUGCUCGUCGCUUCCGCGCUGCUCUUUCCUUUGACUGGGGGGGGAGGGGCUGCCAUGUUCCCGUGGCAUCAUCGCUUUACACACUUCCCUCUUAUUUAAACCACUUUACGACAGGAUUUUCUCUUAUUUAGCCCCUUUUACGACAUAAUUUUCUUUUCUCUAGACCCUCUUCCCAUUUGGUUACCUUGCGCCUCUUCCCUCAUCGCGAUAAAAAAAAUCCAUCAUUUCUUUUACACACGUGCACCGCCUUGGUCUCCUGGCAUGUCUAUGAACUAAGGCAGCAUGUAAACUGGACUUAUUUUAGAAUUUAUUUAGUCGUAAAACUAUUAGACAUGGCUGAAUAGCUGGCACUCCUGCUGUUAAUAAAUAGGGUAACGACACUGUCCAGUUAUGCUAUAUCAGUUAAUAGCAUGUAUGUUUAAAAAUGGACACAACCAAUAAAAUAGCAAAACCUUU